CUUGCAAUCUGGCAGCUAGGCUACGUGCUCUCAAGCCUGGCUCGUCGACAAGAGAGGAGAAUUGUUGAGGUUUGCUUUGCGGGCAUCCCUUCCUUAGUACUAGUAAGAUCACCCUGGUAUACCGGUCCCGUCCCAUAUCUACGUAUCUCAAAACAUAAUAAGCUCAUAAUGUGGGAGGACACAUUUUCCGAGAACACUUGUCAACCUCACACGGCUAUGAACUCACUACAGAGCCAGUUUCACAUCAUUAGUAAGAAAAGAAGCAGGAGAGAGGGCGGAACAUGGACACGCUCCGGUUGCUUGACCUGUAAACGUCGCCGGAAGAGAUGCGAUGAAGCCAAGCCCGGGUGUCGUAGUUGUGCAAGGUUAGGGCUACAGUGUGAGGGAUACGGUUCCAUGUGGGCGGAGCCCUUGAACCCGUCCGCACAGGUCUUCAGUCAUGCGAAAUCAGCAAAACGAAGGAGACUUAGCACAUCCUCAUCCCUUCCCGCUUUUUCUCCAGGUUCAAACAGUGUGAAGUCGCCCGAUCCAAGCACACUAUGGCUGCAAAACUUACCAACUAGCCCCACCACUCCCUCGGAAUCUGGAACUAGUGAUGUGUGCCUGCUGAAUCCCAAUGACAUUCACAGUGAGGAUGGCCAGGUGCUAUCGCCUGCCACUGCUGAAACCAUGAACCUGGCUAUUGUGGCACCUACUCCCUGUAGACCACUGAGUCAUCUUUCUCAAUUGGAAUCUCACUAUCUUCGAUAUCAUAUGGAACUCGGCUCCAAAUUGCUCGCGAACCUUGAGAGUGCCGACAAUCCCUUACGGUCUCUGAUAAUACCUCGAGCUCUGUCUUCUUCCCUUCUGAUGAAGGCUUUAUGCGCAGUAUCUGCGACACAUUGCGCGAAUCGAAUCGCCUAUCAUUGGGAAGCCCAAACUGCUGCUACGACGUAUUACAUUCAAACCCUAAAAGGACUGCAAUCUGUGCUCUCUGAAUAUACCGCCGGGAGCUUUCCUGAUGAAGCUAUUCUCGCGGUGGCUCUGCUCUGCAAGUACGAGAUCGUUCGUGGGAGCGUCAAACAGUGGGUAGCACAUCUGAAUGCACUGCAAGGGCUAGUCAUUGCACGGGGUGGAUUUAGCGCUUUGAGUCAAGACACCAGGGAGUUCUUGAUGGGCUUCUACAUAUAUGCUCAUAAUGUCGCCAAAAUCAGCAAUCGCAAGCAGGUCACCUCAAGUAUGCUUGAGGAUGAAAGCAUUAGAAUUACCAAACUCGACAUCUACAUAGGUUACGCAGAGGAUCUCGUCAAACUCUGUGCGAGAAUUGCGGACCUGCCAUUCCUUAGUCACGACCCUGCAGCUUUGGGUCUGGAAAUUCAUGCAGUCGAUACAUCACUACGUGAUUGGACACACCAGGACAUAGAAUACAUCAUCCCCGAAGGUAUAACAGAAAUGAAUCUCUGUCGCCUGCGGAUGGUCGCAAAUUGUUUCCGCGAUGCGGCAUACAUAUACCUCUAUUCUAUCCUAGAGAAGAUGAGCAAGGGCAUGAAGACCGUCUUUGCAGCGGCACCGUGGUCAACUUUCAUCACCAUGCCGAGGUCAGGCGCCCUGCACCAACUACUAGGCAGAAUCCGAACGGCGUCUCCCCUCAAUGCACAUUGCGAGUACUCAGCUCUCACAUUUCCAUUGCUUAUAGCGGGCUGUGAAGUCAAGGAUUCUGAGGAUAAAGAUCUUAUUUUGGCAUGCCUGACUAGCCUGGAGGUCAAUUUCGGAAUUGGUAAUGUCAAACGAGCAAAGGAGCUGCUACGCGCGCUAUGGACCACAGAAGGGGUGCAUUGGUUGGAUCUAUUAGAGCAAUUACAGUGGGAUCUCAUACUUGCUUGAGUUGAGCGAUCAACUUAAAAAGGCUGCAUGGCUUCGGAAGAUGGAGAAUGUACAUACUAGAC